AUCCAUUGACCAACUCAACUACCCAAUUUCAACCCCUCCGUACAUACAGAAAAUUCUUUGUUUUCCAGUGAGGAUAACGCGGUGUUUUUGAGUUUUUUUUUUUUUUUUCUUUUUUUCUUUUAGAACCUCUCUUUCUGCUCCUCCUUUUUUUUCCUCAAUUGAGAGUUGUUUAAUUCAUGCUCUAAAGCUGCUGAGAGAAGGGAGAUUUCUAGAUUCGGAUUUUCGAGAGUUUCAGUAACGAUGAUAGAAAAGAUGGAACUUCUGGACGUGGAUAAACUGAUAGAAGAGUUUGAAUCGAUGACAAAAGAUGCCGGGAAUGUUCAAAGGGAGACUUUAAAGAAGAUUUUAGAAGAAAAUGGAUGUGCUGAAUAUCUGCAAAAUCUGGGCCUCAAUGGCAGAACCGACCCUGAAAGCUUCAAAGCUUGUGUUCCUCUCGUCACUCACAAUGACUUGCAGCCUUAUAUUCAACGAAUUGUCGAUGGUUCUUCCUCUCCGAUUCUCACUGGAAAACCAAUAACCACCAUUUCUCUCAGCUCUGGGACUACUCAAGGAAAGCCAAAAUUUGUGCCUUUCAAUGACGAAUUAAUGGAAACUACUUUGCAGAUUUACCGUACUUCAUAUGCUUUUAGAACAAGAGAAUUUCCUAUUGAGAAUGGGAAGGCUUUGCAGCUCAUUUACAGUAGCAAACAAAGCAAAACCAAAGGGGGUUUGAUUGCCGGAACGGCGACUACCAAUGUCUUCCGCAAUUCACAGUUCAAGAACACAAUGAAAGCGAUGCAGUCACAGUGUUGCAGCCCUGAUGAAGUGAUAUUUGGUCCUGAUUUCCACCAAUCCUUGUACUGCCAUCUCUUGUGUGGGCUGAUUUUCCGCGAAGAAAUUCAGUUCAUUUCGUCCACCUUUUCCCAUAGCAUUGUUCAUGCAUUUCGAACGUUCGAGCAAGUUUGGGAAGAGCUUUGUGCUGACAUAAGGGAAGGGGUAUUGACAAGCCGGAUCACAUUCCCUUCGGUCCGAUCAGCGAUGGCCAAAUUGCUGAAGCCAAAUCCCGAACUAGCUGAUUUGAUUCACAAGAAAUGCUUGGGACUGAAUAACUGGUACGGACUGAUACCGGAGCUUUUCCCUAAUGUGAAAUACAUCUAUGGGAUCAUGACUGGUUCCAUGGAGCCUUAUCUGAAAAAGCUGAGGCAUUAUGCAAGGGAUUUGCCUCUUAUAAGUGCUGAUUAUGGUUCUUCAGAGGGUUGGAUUGGGGCAAAUGUCAAUCCAAAUGUACCCCCUGAGUUGGCUACUUAUGUCGUGCUCCCGGAUAUCGGAUAUUUUGAAUUCAUUCCUCUGAAAGAGAAUGUUGAGGAGGCCAAGCCAGUAGGUUUGACUGAAGUUAAGGUUGGUGAAGAAUAUGAGGUUAUUAUCACCAGUUUUGCAGGUUUAUACAGGUAUAGGCUAGGGGAUGUGGUCAAGGUUACCGGCUUCCAUAACUUGAGCCCGGAGCUGAAAUUUAUCUGCAGAAGAAACCUCAUGCUGACCAUAAACAUCGACAAAAACACUGAGAAAGAUUUACAGCUCGCGGUCGAAGCAGCAUCCAAGUUAAACACCGAGGAAAAGCUGGAAGUGCUCGAUUUCUCUAGUCACGUCGACUUAUCGACCAACCCUGGUCACUAUGUGAUCUUCUGGGAAAUCAGUGGGGAAGUAAGGGAAGAGGUACUGGAAGAAUGCUGCAAUUGUUUGGAUCGUUCUUUUGUCGAUGCAGGCUAUGUUAGCUCCCGGAAGAUCAACGCCAUUGGUCCUCUUGAGCUCCGAGUUGUUCAAAGGGGAACUUUCCAAAAGAUUCUUAAUCAUUACGUAGGGUUAGGAGCUGCCCUUAGCCAGUUUAAAACACCGCGAUGUGUAGGGUCUACAAACAAUGAGGUGUUGCAGAUAUUGUGUAAUAAUGUUGUGAAGAGCUACUUCAGUACUGCGUUCUAGUUGUAGUUAACAGAAAAUAUAUAAUGCUUAUAAUUUCUUAAAUAAGUAAAGAUGUAAGAAAGGUUAAAUAA